UAAUUUUGAAGGGUGUGUUUGUUUUGAAUAAUAAAAAAUAAAAUAAUUCGGGAGAUUAGUUCUUGGUGUUGGGGAUCGAUUAAGGGGGAUUUUUGGUCGCCGGCGAGAGUCUCAUCGAGAUUGUGAGAAGCAGAAUGGGGAUCAGAUUCAUUCUCAUGGUGAACAAGCAAGGCCAAACCCGCCUCGCUCAGUAUUACGAAAAUCUUACUCUUGAAGAACGUCGAGCUCUUGAGGGUGAAAUUGUUCGCAAAUGUCUCGCUCGUAACGAACAACAGUGUUCCUUUGUCGAGCAUCGCAACUAUAAGAUUGUAUAUAGGCGAUACGCAUCUCUGUUUUUUCUGGUUGGAGUUGACAACGACGAAAAUGAACUGGCAAUUUUGGAAUUCAUUCACCUUUUGGUUGAGACCAUGGACCGUCAUUUUGGGAAUGUGUGUGAGCUAGAUAUAAUGUUCCAUCUAGAGAAAGCACAUUUCAUGCUGGAGGAGAUGGUCAUGAAUGGGUGUAUUGUAGAAACAAGCAAGUCAAACAUUCUAUCCCCAAUUCAACUGAUGGAGAAAUCAUCAUGAAAAUCUACCACUUGUUUUCUUUGGUGCAAAAUCUUGGCUCUCUUUAUACAGUACUUCAUUAAGGUAUAAGAUCAAUGUUGAUGAAUUCGUUUGAUGACGUUCAAAAUGAGUAAAUAUUUUGAGUCUACUCCCAUCUCGAUGAAUUCCUUCAAUCACUUGGAGAUUUUUUUUUUUAAAGUUUAUGACGUGUUAAUUUGUAAUGUGUGCACAAAGAUGGAUGGAUGCAAUUUGAAAUGCUCCCAACACCAAUCCAUUAUUAUGUAUGUUCUCAAAGCUCUAGGAUCCAUUUAAAUUGAUGAGUUUAAUCAAUGAAAUUUUUGGCUUGGCUAUUUGGUUUUUGGAA